GAGCAGCCGGCUCAACCCAACCCAUUCCACCCCGCCCCGCCGGGGCGCCGGCCGGGCGCUCGGCCGCUGCCCUCCUGGCUGGCGGGCAGCCGGAGGGGGUGGGACCCCCGGGCGGGGCGGGGCGCCGUCCCCAGCACGCGGCAGAGGGACCCAGCCCUGCCGCCGCCGCCGCCACCACCCUCUGGGCCGGCGGGACCGGCCCCCCUCCCGGCGCGGCGGGGCGGCGAUGCCCGGCGCGAUGCUUCCGCUCCGCUCCCGCCUCCUCCGCCGGGGUCCCGGCGGUGCGGGGACUCGGCGUGGCUUCCCCGCGUUCUGGUGCCGGCGGGAGGGCGGCCGGCACCCCCGAGUCCCGCGGCGUUGUUCCUCGCUGGGCGAGGCGGUGGCUCCCCACCGGGCCUGCCGCCUCCCGCUCCGGGGGUCCGGGAGCGAUUCGCCUCCCCUUCCCCACCCCCCCCAAGCCCCCCGCCGGCGCCGGCUCCCCCACCCCGCCGCGUUGCCAUGGGCACGGAGUCGCCGUUGGGGCGAUACCUGCCGCGCGGUUCAGCCUCCGGACGGGCGCUAAGGCGCGGGCUCGGGCCCGGAAAGAUAUGAACGAUGACGAUAGUUAACAAGCCAAAAUCUUCUAAAUCUAAAAAAUCAUCAAGGCGGUCUGACAAGUCUAAGAAACCCCGUACCAAAAAAAUGACAUCACGCACUGCAAAUUUGGGCCGGGUACCACCUGUAGAAGAUACAAAGAAAGUUUCUGUUGACAAAGGACCUGGCGGUGCUGUUUAUUGUAAAUCUUCUCAGAAAACUAAGCCUUUUGCCCAGAGGGAUCUAGUUGUUAACGAUGGAAUUGCCCCUCCACAACGGAUACUUUUUCCACCUGAGAAAAUCUGCAUGGACUGGCAGAAUACACAAAGCGUUGGAGUUGGGCUGCAGAAUCUUGGCAAUACAUGUUUCCUUAAUUCUACUCUACAAUGUUUGACAUAUACUCCUCCUCUUGCCAAUUACAUGCUUUCCCUUGAACACACCCAGUCAUGUCAUGAAGAAGGUUUCUGUAUGAUGUGUACCAUGGAAACUCACAUUAACCAAGUCCUGUGUUGCUCUAAUAAUGCCAUCAAACCUACAUCUGUUAUCAAUGGCCUUAAAAGAAUAGGAAAACAUUUCCAUUUCGGCAGUCAAGAGGAUGCACAUGAAUUCUUAUGCUUCACUGUUGAUGCUUUGCAGAAAGCUUGCUUGAAUGGAAGCACCAAGUUGGACAGAUCUUCUCAAGCCACCACACUUAUUUAUCAAAUAUUUGGAGGAUAUCUAAGAUCCCGAGUAAAGUGCUUGAACUGCAAAGCAGUUUCGGAUACAUAUGAGCCAUUCCUCGAUAUUACUUUGGAUAUAAAGGCAGUUACAUCUGUCACCAGAGCUCUAGAACAAUUUGUGAAACCGGAACAACUGGAUGGUGAAAAUAGCUAUAAGUGUAGCAAGUGUAAAAAGAUGGUUCCUGCGUCAAAGAGGUAUACAAUACAUCGUUCUUCCAAUGUUCUCACAAUAUCACUGAAAAGAUUUGCGAAUUUUACAGGUGGAAAGAUCAACAAGGAUGUAAAAUAUCCUGAAUAUUUGGAUCUUCGAGCAUAUAUGUCCCAAUCAAUUGGAGAACCACUCAUCUAUGCUUUAUAUGCAGUUCUUGUACACAGUGGUUUCAACUGUAACGCGGGACACUAUCUCUGCUUCAUAAAGGCCGGUAAUGGACUUUGGUAUCGAAUGAAUGAUGCCUCAGUAGACCUUUCUGAUAUCAAAACAGUUCUCAAUCAGCAAGCUUAUGUACUUUUUUAUAUCAGGCGCUAUGAUUUGACGCUUGGAGAACGUGCUUUUUACUUACCAGCACCGUCUUAUCCCCGUUCAUUCCUUGGUCAGCGGGGUGCUAAUAGUAAGCAGGCUGGAUUUAUGGGACCACGACUUCCUCCUCAUAUGAUUAAGAACUCAAGUCGUUUAAAUGGAAAUGGACCCGUAAAAGAGGAUCCAAAUACUGUUGGUGUCACCCUAAAAAGGCCAUCUUCAGCUCCGCCAACAGCUUGUGUUCAAAACUGGGCAAUUACCAGGUCUUCAAUUACAGAUCCGUCAAAAAACCAGAAGAUCACUAUCAGUAUUCAUAACAAAUUGCCUGCACGUCAGACUGUGUCACAACCUGCCUGUUCUAUCAGUGCUGCAGAGGAUGAGGAUCUAAGCAAACCUGUUCCUUCAUCCACAAUUACAAAUUCUUCUGCAGCAGAGUCUACCUCAAAUGCAUCUACAAUGUCAGUUGCUACUAACGUUUCCAAACAGGAAGUUCCUGAUGAAAUUUUUGUUGAGCCAGCAGUGAAUGGAAAUCCUAAACUCACCUCUGAUAAUGCAGUCCUUUACGGUGCAGAAUCUUCAGGAAAAUCUGAGGAGUCGAAGGGCUUGUUUAAAAGGAAUUGCAACAUAAUAUCUCCUAAUGGAAUUUUGAUUGGAAAGGUGGUCCGUACAUUGCAGAAUUCCCAUUCUUGUCAGAAUGCUGAAGAAGAAAGAUCCCAGCACGAGCUGCCAAAAAAUGACUCACUAAAUGGUGCUAUUAGUUUAGAUAAUGAAUCUAAAGAAAAUGGACUGAAACUUGAUGAUUCCACUUGCCAAGUCCAACCUGUUAAACCUUCUGAGAUUUUCUUUUCUAAAACAAAUGGAUUGUUCGAAACAAUGCCUAUAGCUUUGUCGCCAGUUCCUCAAGAAAUAAUCUUAGAAUCUCUUGCAUACAGCCAGUUGAAAAACUUGUCAGAGGAAAUAAGUGUCCCUGGACCUCAGAAAUCUUCUGAGAAUGAUGCUCUUAUGGAAACUGUAGUGAUGGAAGCACUGUUUGCCUAUGAAGAAUCCAGGAAGCUUCCUUCCAACUUUACCUGUGAGGUUGAGAAUCUUUUUAGUCAAUCGGAUUCUGAAACCAUUUCUACCAAAGAAGAAGUUACUGAAAGUAUUAUAACAAAAGCCGAUAGUGUGCAUCCCAAUAUCAAUGGUCAGCACAAGGUCAGGAAAAAAUCCUUGGACACUGAAGAUGAAUUCCUUGGGCAGUGUGAGUCUGAAGAUAGUAGAGACAAAGACAAACUAAGAAGAUCAAAAGAACCUGAACUCAUUUCAAAAGAAAAUCCUUUGUACAUCAAAGGGUCUCCUGAGGGCCAAGAGAAAUUAAGGCAAACUUCCUCUAUCAAGUUUGACAUUGAAUAUAGUUCUAAAAAACUUGCAUCUCUAGUUAUUUCAGAUAAAUGCCAAGAUAAAAUGGACAUUUCUAAUAACUAUGUAGAGGUACCACCUGUUAAUGACUCUUCUAUUUCAAAGCUGGAUAAAGUUUUGGAGAGUCAAUUUUCUAGAGAAAAUGAGGGACUGAGUAAUAAAAAAUGUGAAGAAGAUAAACAUAGGAAAAAAUAUAAGAAAAAAAUAUAUGACUCUAAAAAAACUGACAAAGAGCACUACCGAAAGAAGAGAGAAAACUCAGACACUGAGGAGAAGGAGAAGCAAAGCAGAAGCAAAACAGAUGAUCAUUCCCACAAGAGGAGAUGCACUCGCAGCGUGGAAACAAAUAAGCAGAAUCGUCAUAAGCAGGAAUAUUGCAGUGAAAGCAAGUACAGAUCUUCCCAUAAUGAAAGAAACAGCCCAAACAAUGGCAAAAGCUCAGGGAAAUAUUCUCGUUAUAGAUCCCGAAGCAGAGAAAGAACAGAACAAGACAGGAAUAGGUAUUAUCAUUCCAAAGGAGAGAGAACUUGGAGCAGAGAAAGAUACUAUCAAGAUGAACCACGGAGAUGGGAAAAAUGCAGAUAUUACAAUGAUUAUUAUUCUUCCCAUGGAACAAGAGAUGGUAGAGAGAGAAAGUCCUCUCAUUGUGAUAAAGACUUUGACAAAUCAAGUCAAGCUUACAACAACAGGUCACAUAAGGAUUAUCAUUGCAAAAGCAGAUGGUCUCACAAUACACUCUCUAGAGAGGAAGAUGUACAUCACUUUAGCAGCCACAGAGCAAACUUCCAUCAUUGUUUAGUACCUCAGCAGCAAUCUGAAAAAUAUUCUCGUGAAAGGCACGCACUUCCACCUGUGUCAGCUCAUUCAAAUUUUGAGGACUCUUCCCGGGAAAAUGGGAAAGAAAAACUAAGAAAUUACAGAAAAAAAUAUACCCACACAGAAGGAAGCGGAACCGAUGUGGAAAAGAAAUGCCGAAAGAUAGGUGACCAAAGAAUGAAAAAAUAUAAGAAGGUCAAGAAGAAAAAGAAGUCCAAAGAUAAACAUCGAGAGAAGGAUUACAAAGUUUAUGAUUUGGAUUUCUCUGUGCUCCGCUUUGACAAUGACAAUCGCAAACGUAAGAAAAAGAAGAAAAAGAAGAAACACAUCAGGAAACUGAAAGGCUUCUUGGAAUAUUUAGAUACUCGUUUCCAGAAGAAAACAUGGGAGAAGGAGGAAGUAUCCUGUCCUCCAGGCGACUAUUUAUGUGAGCAAUACAGAAACCAGGGCAGUAAACAACCCUACAAGGAAGGGAGGCUUUCUGGUGCAGGUGAAAGCAAGAUAAUACAGUUCCAUCACAUCCAGUGAGUAUGUUAAAGAUGCGGAACUUAUUGGUGGAAGCCUUCAAUACUCAAACUAAACCUACCAUCAAACCCGACAACUUUUUACCAUCAAACCUGACAACUUUUUACCAUCAAACCCGACAACUUUUUACCACCAAACCCGACAACUUUUUACCAUCAAACCUGACAACUUUUUACCAUCAAACCCGACAACUUUUUACCACCAAACCCGACAACUUUUUACCAUCAAACCCAACAUUACCAAUAUUGACCAUCAAAACUUAAAAUUUAUUAUGAAAACAAUUACCAUCAAGACAAAAUCCAGUCAUAAGUGGUGCUUAACAUUUCUGUACAGAAUUUUACCAUGAAAGAACUUUUUUUUAGUUUUUAACUUGAGACUUUUUUAAAAUAUACUUCUAAUCCAAAAGGGUGGAAACUUUUUACAACUGCUGAACAUUGUAAACUACCACAUAAAUAUCUCACUCAUGUGAGAUAAGGCCCUGGAAUAGACCAUCUCAAAUGCUGCUUAAUUACAGACUCAGGUUGACUUUAUGUUAUUCAUGUAAUGUUACUCCAAGUUAGACAUCUGGUGUAAGAGCGACCAGGAAUUACAAAAAUUGCAACUGACAGUCUGUAUAUUUAAUUUAAAGACUUAUUUAAAAUUUCACAAGCUCUCAAAUAACUAGGGUUUUGCAAGAGCUUCAUCUUUUCUGUGAUGUCUGACACUAGAAACUAAUUUACUUCACAUUUGAGUUAUAUUCAAGAUCUGAAGAAAAUCUUCUGGUUUUCAACAUUGUGAAACAACGAAUAUGCAGUUCUGAAUGUAUCUCUCAAGACUAUUUGUAUACUCUUCCAUAUGUUUUUAUUACAUUUCCUUAAUAUACUGUCACUUGUCUUAAGUCUCAGUUGUCUGUUUUGUCUCUCUAAAGUGUCUAGUUACAGACAAAUUCAUACUGUGAUUUUUAUUUUUAUUAUUAAAUGCUAUCAAACUGUGAUGCACUUAUUAUUCACUGGUCCUGCAUCAGGAGAUGAGUGGGGAACCUGUAUUAAAUACAGUUCAUCUGAAUAAUCUGUCUGGUUUAUACAAGCUGUGUUGUUCAGAGAUGUCUAAAGUUUGAUCUUUGUUUUUUUAAAGAUAAAAAGCACUUGCCCCACUGUAAAUAUAUAGCAUGUAAAAUUUAUAUAGUAUAUAAAUACAGCAAAGUUAAAAUGGAUUUUUACUUGAGUUAUUUAACAUGCAAUAUGUCAUGUGAAUUGACAGCUUUCAGAGUGUGUUUGAUACUCAAGAAAUCAGAUCUUCCUUUCAGUGGUAGGUGAGAAGAUGCUGUCGGUGUGACCCAGAGAAGAUAAGUAACUUGGGACUUCAGCUGCCUAGACAAGAAUGCAGAAGGCUUUCUCCUUUGAAGUUAAAAGCUUCCAAAACCAGGCAACAGGUUGGAAGCUCACCAGUAGCUUUUUCCUGUGUGCGACACUAAGUAAAGAAAGGAGCAAGGUUAAUGUUUUACUAAAUACUUAAGGUAAUAUUUUGGUACAUGGAGAACACCAUAAAGCCAAACCAUAAGUGUACCCUGCAUAAUGUUCCUAUGGCAACAGUUAUGUGAAGUUACAUAAAGUAACAUGACAAAGAAACCACA